CGUCUCCCCCUCGUUUAUUUGGCGUUCAAGCCAUCCCAGUACAGUUUUCAUGGCGAUCAAAAGUACUAUGUCGCUCUCCUUUUCUCUCAAGAAGCACGCAUUCUCUCGUUUUGCCCUCGCUGAAAAAUUUCGUCAUGAUUCUGACUACACGUCUUCCUCCGUUGCUGAAUCUGAUAAAGCACUUGUUCCUGGAAUUCACCAUAAUGCUUCAUACUUGACAGAUCAACAUAAAACUCCAAACAUAACAUCGGAUGUUCCACAGGCUCUUCAAAGUUUGGAAGAUCUAGCAAUGGAAGAAGAAAAUAGUUUCAAAAAUGAUGAAGCAGCAGCUACUGCCUACUGGUUACAGAGAAGUUGAGGAUACGGAAGUAAAAUUUGAAAGGGAUGAAGUUGAACCCAAGACUAUUCCUCUACCUGGAACUGGACAGAAAAUAUAUGAAAUUGAUCCACUUUUGCAACCUCACCGUGAGCAUCUUGAUUUCC